ACCGUUAUAGAUCCUCUGUUCUUCUUCUAAGAUUAAACUCCACUACCACCACCACCACCACCACCCUCAUUUUCAACUAAAAAAGAAAAAAAGAUAUUAUUUCUUCAAGGAUCUCCUCGCCCAAAAGUCACCAGAAAACCAAACCAUUCCCUCUUUUCCAAGUUCUUCAAUCCUUCUCUCUCGCCUUCUCUCUCUCUCUCUCUCUGUUCUUUGAUAAGAAGAAACUAAAUUUAAUCAUUUUCUAAUGGCGGAUGAAUCCAACGGCAGAGACAUGACGACGAUGAUGAUAGAUGAGAUUUACGAGUUUUCUGCCCCAAGAUUUUACGAUUUUACAAAGGGAGAAUCAGAUGAAGAGACGCUUAAAGCCGAACUUUGGUUCGAUCAAGCUCUUAGCUAUGCUCCUUCACCUUUCAUGCCCAGAAUUAAGACUGGUAGAUCAUUUAAGGUUGAGAGCUUAUGUGAUUUUAGUGAAGCAGAACAAAAGCAGGAGGUAACCGAAUCAUCAUCGGAUUCACCAUCUCCUAGUUCUUCCUCGGAGAUUAAGCCUCAAGUAGAGAUCAUGAAUUCCACUGAAACUAAGGAGAAAGAAACAACUCUUCAAGAGGCAAACAAAGAAAACAAUGCAAACCUCGUCAAUGUUUCUUGCCAAGAGGAUAAGAUGGAGACUAUUCGCGCUGAAGAAACUGAAAGGAGCUCUAGUUCUAUUAAAACGGAAAUUGCUGGUAGUAGAGGGAAAAGUAAAACUGAAACUUGCUGCACCCCUGAGCCACCAGUAGCUUCUCAGAAGGAAGGCCUAUUGACCAAUUCCAAGAAGCACCAAUCUGGUAGACACAUAGCUACUUUGGUUAGGAAUCCAUCGGCACUGAAGCCCAAGAAUCAAUCACAGUCAUCGCAAGUUAAAGGCUUCAAACCCGAAAGUGUUAAAAGAGAGACAAAGAUUAAAAACACACCUGGGGCUUCCAUUUUAGCCCAAGAGAAUCAGGCCAUUAAACGGCAGAAGCUGGAAGGGGGAAGAUCCAGAGAGAUUCUUAAUGUUAAACCGCCACAACCAUUACACCACAAGUCCAAACUAGGUCUUGUCAGUGGCAGUUCUAACUCAUCCGUUGCUAACAAGAUGAAGAAAGAAGAGAGAAAGGUUUAUGUUAGGGAACAACCAGCACCAUUUGUUUCAAUGGCAGAGAUGAUGAAAAAGUUCCAAUCAAGUACCAGGGACUUGUCACUGCCACACAUUAAAAAAAGUUCUUUCUCACAUGAUGGUGAUGCUUCUGUCAUCCGGAGGAAAACUCAACUCACAUUGACUACGCCAAAGGAGCCUGAAUUUGAAACAGCUCAGCGGGUUCGCUCAGUCAGAAUAAAGAGUUCUGCUGAGCUUGAAGAAGAGAUGAUGGCAAAAAUCCCAAAGUUCAAAGCCAGACCAUUGAACAAGAAGAUCUUGGAAGCUCCAACUUUAUCUGCAGUACCAAGAAGUACCCCUCAACUGCCUGAAUUUAAGGAAUUCCAUUUGGAGACUGCAGCAAGGGCCACUCAGAAUGCAGAUUCAGCUUCAGUGGCCUCAACAGAAGUGUCUCAUAAGAGUCAGUGGAAGCCUAAUUGUCUAACUGAACCUAAAGCUCCUGUUCUUCAUACUACUUUGAGGGCUCGCCCACCAAAGGUGAAAUCUUCUUCAGAGCUUGAGAAAGAGGAACUUGAAAAUAUUCCUAAAUUCAAGGCAAGACCUCUGAAUAAGAAGAUAUUUGAAAGUAAAGGAGAACUGGGGCUUUUUUGCAAUGUAAAGAAACAUGUCACUAUACCUCAAGAAUUUCACUUUGCCACGAAUGAGAGGAUUCCACCACCAGCUGCUGUUGCUGAUUUGUUUGAUAAGCUUUCAUUGACCUCAGAACCUCGCCAUGAUAAUCCACUUCCAAGAAAUACAGUGCCAAAUCCAUUCCAUCUUCACACAGAGGAAAGAGGAGCUGGAAAAGAGAGGAAAUUCGUGAUGGAGCUUGUGCAGAAGCAGAUAGAGGAGGAAAAAGCCAGAGUGCCGAAGGCUAAUCCAUAUCCUUAUACCACUGACUAUCCUGUGAUUCCUCCAAAACCAGAGCCCAAACCAUGCACACAGCCAGAACCUUUCCAGUUGGAAAGCCUAGUGAGACAUGAGGAAGAAAUGCAGAGGGAGAUGGAAGAAAGACACAGGAUUGAAAAAGAAGAGGAGGAAAGGAGGAUAUUCAAAGCACAUCCAAUUCUCAAAGAGGACCCAGUUCCACUACCAGAGAAAGUGCGUAAACCCCUCACACAAGUUCAACAGAUUAAUCUCCAUGUAGAUCACAGAGCUGUCGAUAGAGCCGAGUUUGAUCAUAAAGUUAAAGAGAAAGAGCUCUUAUACAAGAGAUACAGAGAGGAGAGUGAAGCUGCAAAGAUGAUAGAGGAAGAGAAGGCACUAAAGCAAAUGAGAAGGACAAUGGUUCCCCAUGCAAGGCCGGUGCCUAACUUUGACCAUCCAUUCUGCCCCAAGAAAUCUACCAAGGGAGCCACAAAGGCAAAAUCACCCAACUUGCGGGUGCUUAGAAGAAAAGAGAGGCAAAGGAUGUUGGUAAAUGCAGUCUCCAGCCCUGCUUCAUUUAUGAGGUGAUAUUAUGCAUCAUUGAUGGCGGCUGUUCAAGACUCUUGAACCACUUCUUCAGUUAUCUGUAUUCUUUUUGUAGUUUGUACUGCUAUGCCUCUUGUACACAAUCAGCUAUUGCUGUGAUAUUGUAUUGUUUCACCAUGGAAAACAAUUCAACCCAGUAAUUGAUACAAAAAUUCAUUCAUAUAUCACACUUAUUUAUCUAUUUUACAAUCUAUA